CCGUGAUAGAUGGAGUAUAGUCAUGCCUCGAGCAGUCAAACAGGCUGCAACGGCUUCAAAAGCAGUAUCUCAACCAGCCUUUAAUUUCCCUACAAACAGCCAUCUCAUCAUCACAACCUCUGGUGGCAUCUUCUCUUGGGACCGAGAUGGUGUCAAGAAGCUUUUCAGCAGCAGCAAGAAGGGUAUUCUUGCAGCCAGGGAAGCAAAAGAUGGAAGUCAAGUUCUUGCAGUAGCGGAUGAGCAUGUGGUGGUGCUACACGACUGCAAAAGAGGACGUGAAGAGAGCUGGGGUUUAAGCAGUAAUGAGUCGCUCUUCCUAAGCACUUCAUUGACUGGAGCUAUACAGCACUACUCGAUUCACGAAUCACGCCAACUCGACCCGCUGUCCAACCAUCCUUCUCCACCAACUGUUCUUGCCGUCUCUCCCACCUCUCAUUUGAUGUUGUCCGCAUCCGAGAAUCCGACAGUGGUGUAUCUGCAGAAUCUCACUCUCAAGACAACUGCCAUUCAGCUACAUCCGUCCGCGAGCAGUGCUGCCAUCGCAACCGCCUCCUUCCAUCCCGAACGACCCAAUGUUUUCUUACUCGCCUUCAAAGACGGCACAAUCGCUGCCUACGAUGCGACCAAAGUUGCGCGAAGCGGUGAACGUACUGGUAACAAAUCUCUUUCGACCACCAACGGCCAUGCGGGCGAGAUCUCGCACUUCUCGAAUCUGCACCGUAUCACUAACGUCAGAAAUCUGUCAGAUCCGCCAGACGCUUCACUGAACACGAUUGUUGGAAGCAAGAGUGUGGCAAUCACGGGUGCAGCGUUCCUUCCGGGAUUUCGUACUCGUGCGAUCAGCGUUGGUGCAGAUGGAAGGUGCAGGCUGAUCGAUUUCGAGGCUGGCGGAAGGAUACUGCGUACCUGGCACGCACAAGCGCCUGUGACGUCCUUGUCGGUUUUGGCUGUCAAACCGUCUUCGCAGACAGCAAAGACGACAUCCAAGCAGAAGCCUGGAGUCGUCAGCAGGGGUACUGAAGGCAACACUGUGGUCGCUGUGGGAAGAGUUGAUGGCCAGGUACUUUUGUUUGACUCGGUGGGACUACGCCUCGAUCAAAUCCUCGUGAACGCGCUCGGGGAGAAGAUCAUCAGCGUGGAGUGGAUGGACGGUCCGAGCCCAUACGCCAUAUCGAGUCCCUUCAAGCCAGUGUCUUCGAAGAUUGAUGCCAAAUUUAAUCUAUCACCCAACACACCGAAGGCAAGGAAGUACGAUCAAAUGGCUCUGCCUGAUGCUCUGAGACUACCACCGGGUGCUAUCUUCGUCCCUGCGCAACCAGUGCCUACGGCUGCUAUAUCCACAUCUGAAGCCGAAGACAUGUCGACGGUACGGCACACACCAGCUACAAAUACGGUCAUACGCUCACCGGUUAUCGAGACGACCUAUAUGGACUUAUUCUCCCCAGUCAAGAAAGUCUCGCCUCCUCGCCAGCCGCAGAAAAGCCCGGUAGCAUCUCCACACCUACGUCGCAAACGUAUAUCGAGUCAGACCUUUGUCAAGACAAGCAGCCCUGAGCCUAUACACAUGGAUGUUGAAGAUACGAUCAGAUCCCCUGAGACGCCUAGACAACUAUCCAUACACCCUUUGAACACUACCAUCGAAUCGAGGCAGAAGUCGCCUCUUGGAGUAGCCCCAGCGUCUGCUCGACGUGAACCUAGAUCGGCACGCAAGAAAGCUCACGGAAGAGUUGUGCAAACCCUAAACCGCGGCCCAGUUACUUCUACCAGUCCGGGAAGAAAUGGAAAAGUUCUUGCCGACCUGCGUAAACUGGGUGUUGAGAACUCGAGCCAAGCGAAGAAGAACGGCAAAGUAGCGCUCUUUGCACCGUACAUGAACCGUACUGGUAUAUCCAACCUUCCGCGAACGGAAGCUCAAUCCAUGACCAAGGAUGAUCCUCUGUCGACCGAACGCUCGCAACCGACAGGGCACGUACACAAACCUCAAGAUCGGGAUGCCAUCCAACUCACAAGAGUCCACUUUGAGUCAGAGAGUCAUUCGUCGGAUCGAGAUAUCUGGAUGUCCGCCGGAUCGUCAGAGGAUGAAUUUAAUCAACGCAAAGACAACAAGCGCACGCAUUACUAUGCUCACCAGAGAAGACUUGGUAAAGCUCAUCCGCAGAUCCCGCUGAUUGCUGAAAGCUCAAAGCCACAGCCUCCUCCCUUUGUCCCGAUCUUGAAACCCGAGCCCACUGUCCAAGUCACAACCAUGUCGCCACAGCCUCAAAACGUAGCCAAAGAAGCUGCCGUGCUUUCAAUGUCCGAAGAGGCAAUGUACAGCGCAGUAUCACACAUCUCAAACAUCGACGGCGAAUUCGUGCCCGCGUCAACAGACGUCCAAAGACUGUUUCCACGUGGCUCUUCGGUCUACUCGACUUCUCCGUCUCGUCAAUCCCCUAAGCGGUCACCGCAAAGACAAGUGCAAGUCUGGAAUGAUCAAGCGUCAAAACCAAGGACAGUGUUAAACCCGAUCCAGCGAGCAAAGCUGGCAAAUUUGCAGUCUAAUACUGCUGUAAAGGCCACACCGAGAGAAGCUGCGGCUAAAAAAGCUGCUGCUGUGUUGCUGGGUACGAGUAAGACCAAAGCUCUCCCGCCAAUACCAUCUCUACCAUCUGAUACUCUGCCUUUACGCCCUCAACAUCGUGUUUGUGAGGAAAAGAGUUGUCCCGAUUGCUUGGAACUGGGAAAGCGGGUCCACAGUCUCGAAGAUGAAGUCGCAAGGCUCAAAGCCGAAGUCCUUGGGCUUAGGAGUGCCCUCAGGAAAACAGGCAUCUCUGGUCGCGUGGUGGAGAGAAAGAGG